AUGGCCCGUCAUGGUGUUUGGAGAGCCUUGUGGGCAUUCCUGCUGCCCAGUCUCAUUGCGGCAAAGCUUGUCCGAGAAGAGAUCACCUUGACCUGGGAUCUGGGAGCUCCAAAUGGCCAGGUCAGAGAAAUGAUCAAGAUGAAUGAUGGGUUUCCUGGUCCUCAUUUUGCAUGGGAUGAAGGCGACGACAUCGAGGUCAUAGUCCACAAUCGAAUGCCGUUCAACUCGAGCAUACACUGGCAUGGAUUGGAGAUGCUAGGAACGCCUUGGUCGGAUGGUGCGCCCGGCGCGACUCAGCUCCCCAUCGAGCCCGAUGAGAUUUUCAUAUAUCGCUUCAAGGCGAGUCCCAGUGGGACUCAUUGGUACCAUGCCCAUUCGAGAACAACUUUGCUGGAUGGUUUGUAUGGGGGAAUCUUUAUCCGACCGAGCCCAGACACUCCAGCCCCAUGGAGCUUGAUAUCCAACGACAAGUCGCACAUCCAAGCAAUGGCCAAGGCAGCCAGUGACCCCAGCCCGAUACUCGUGUCAGACUGGACGCAUUUCAAGUCUUGGAACUACAUGGAGGCUGAAGAGUCCUCCGGAUACGCGAUAUUCUGCGUGGAUAGUAUCUUGAUCAACGGCAAAGGCAGCAUUUAUUGUCCCGGAGAAGAAUACCUCGUCAACCACACAAGCAACUAUAUGAAGUGGGCACUGUAUCCGAAUCAUGUCAAUGAUAAGGGAUGCUUCCCAUUCAUGAAAUCGACAGAAGGUCUUUAUCUCAAUCAAGGAAAACCGGAGACGAUCCCACUACAUCUUCAAAAAGGAUGCGUCCCUGCCACCGGUGAUUCAGAAACCAUUUACGUCGAUGCGGCAUCCAAAUGGGCAAGUCUCAACUUUAUCGGCGCCGCCACCUUCAAAACGACCAUAUUCACAAUUGACGAGCACCCUAUGUGGGUGUAUGAGGUCGAUGGGCAUCGCAUCGAGCCACAAAAAGUCGACACGGUCAAGAUGUACGCAGGCGAGCGGUACGCGGUCAUGAUCCAGCUAGACAAGGAACCCAAAGACUAUACGAUACGCAUAGCCGACAGUGGUCUAACCCAAGUCAUCUCAUCUUUCGCCACACUCCGCUACGCAGGCAGCCCGGGGACUCGCUCUGAAGACCACGCACUCAUCAACUACGGUGGGCUCAAUAGCACAGAUGUCGUCACACUAGACCGUGAACAUCUACCUCCGUUCCCCCCGACCAAGCCCGCCGCUCGCUCAGAUGAGCAUUUCGUCCUUCAUACCCACCGAUGGAUGAGCCCGUGGCAGUACACUCUCAGUGGCGGCGGAAUGUGGCAAGAGGAUCGCAGUGCAUACUCACCUCUUCUCUACGACAUCAACCAGCCAGACGCGUUGGACGAGGGCUUGAUCGUCCGCACUCGGAAUGGGUCGUGGGUCGAUCUCGUUGUCCAGGUUGGCUCACAGCCCGGUCAGCCCCAGGAGUUCCCGCACAUGAUGCACAAGCACACUGGGAAGAUGUGGCAGGUCGGAGCGGGCGAGGGUAUCUGGAACUACACCACAGUUGACGAAGCGAUCACGGCAGAACCGCAUCGCUUCAAUCUCGAAAACCCGAACUAUCGCGAUACAUUCGUCACUUCGUUUGAUGGCCCUUCGUGGCUUGUGUUACGAUACCAUUCUAUCAAUCCUGGGCCCUGGCUGUUCCAUUGUCAUAUCGAGACACAUUUGGCUGGUGGUAUGGCAGUUGCUUUGUUGGAUGGUGUUGAUGCGUGGCCCGAGAUCCCCCCGGAGUACGCCCCCAAACAAAAGGGGUUGGUGCCUGGGCAGCCGGUCCCUCGGCCUGGGAUAUACCUCCCUUCCACGCAGUCCCAAACGGACCAAGACACAAAUCCCCCCACGAAGCAGACUGAGAUAGAGGCGGCCGAGUCGGUUCAGUAUUCAGAAGUUUGGAACUCCGUGGUGGGCAAAAUGAUUGGGUUCCUUGAGACAAUCAAGUCAACUGGGUGA